AUGGACGCUUCAAGUACCCUGCGAAAGCGGUCACUCUCGGUUCGCACGAGGAGCAAUGGAGCAGCGUCGGCUGUGGAAGGGCGGAGGGCGGAUGACGGUGAGUCGCUUGGGGAACCGGUGAGCCCCUCCGCCAGGCUCAUUGAGGAGUACUUCAUCGUUGUCGUCAUAGGCCUCGGGGCGCCCAUUAACCAAUCCAGCGGCCGCGCGGGCAUCGGUGCGAAGAUUGCAUGCUACCCACGCUUUCACAGCAUCCAGGCGACAGAUAGGGACGGUACUCUACGGUGGGUGAGGACAACGGUUGACCUGGACUACCACAUCAUCUUCCCCAUGCUGGACACGGCGGCCGUUUUAGUCAACCCAGACCAGGCUGUGGAAGACUACGUGGCGUCUCUGUCCACUAAACCCAUGGAUCAUUCCCGACCUAUGUGGGAGUUCCACAUCCUCGACUUCCCGACCUCAGAGGCCACCGCAACAGCCGUGAUACGCGUGCACCACUCCCUCAGCGAUGGCACCUCCCUGCUCAUGCUCCUAUUGUCGAGCACACGCAGCGCCGCCGAUCCUUCCAAGCCGCCAGCUUUGCCACCGUUGCCGGCACGCACCGGUGCUAUAUACGUGCGUCCACGACCGCCAAUGUCUGCCGGCUCGCUGGCCUUCGCCUUGUGGCUUUGGUCCUUCGUCCUGCUCGCUUGGCACACCAUGUGGGAUGCUGCAAUCUUUAUCUCGACCAUACUAUUUCGGAAAGAUACACAGACGCUAUUCUCAUGUACGGAUCAUGGGAACCGUCGCCCCAACCGCAUCGUGCACCGAUGUCUUAGCCUUGACGACGUCAAGUUCGUCAAGGAUGCCAUGAACUGCACAGUUAAUGAUGUGUUAGUUGGAUGUACGGAUGCUGCCCUAUCACGAUACUACUACCGGAAGUCGGGUGACAAUAAAACUGGCAAGGAGAUACGUAUACGAUCGGUCCUUGUGGUUAAUUUAAGGGCAACUACAGCCCUACACGAAUGUGUUAGUAUGAUACAGUCUGCGAAUGGAAGUGAUGUGAAAUGGGGAAAUCAACUUGGUUUCAUCAUCCUUCCAGUUCAUAUAGCCAUGCACCAUGAUCCACUCAAUUUCAUUCGCAAGGCUAAGAAUACCGUGGAUCGGAAGAAGAGCUCACUAGAAGUGGCAUUCACUCAUGUUGCCGCAGAAGUCAUCCAUAAAAUAUUUGGUCGAAAGGCAGGUGCUUGUAUCAUCGAUCGUAUGUUCUCCAAUACAACUACGUUAUUGUCAAACAUGAUAGGUCCAGUUGAACAGGUGGAGUUCUGUGGACAUCCUAUUGUCUUCAUUGCCCCUAGCCAGUACGGACUACCACAAGCCGUAAACGUUAACUUUAAUAGUUAUGUCAACACCAUCAGGGUGGUUCUAGCUGUGGACGAAACACAGUUUCCAGAUUGUCACGAGCUUUUGGACGACUUUGUUGAAUCUCUCAGAAGUAUUAAGGAUGCAGCUGAAAAACAUGGAAGCCAUGACAUGAAGGCAUAA